UCAUUUCUGGACUGCCUCUUUAGCAACCUUCCCCCUGACUCUGACUGCUGGCAAAAAAGCAGGGGAGAGAAAGGGAAAGAGAAAUAUACGCUCAGACAAUCUGAGAGUUCUCGGAGACUCCUCUCACUUGACUCUUUCCUCCUCAGGAAGCUAAGUAAAGGGAAGAAAGCAAGAGCUUGUGCAAGCACCAAGGGCUAGAGCCGAUGGCCUCCGGUUGCCACUAGAAUCCUUUCAGGCUGGAGGAGGAGAUCACAGGAUGAAUGCCACAGUCAACACACUAGAUUAUCAGAAAUGCUCAGCGCCCAGCAGCUCCCUUCCGGGUCCUGAGCACGCUUGAAAAUCUGAUCAAAGGAGGCAAGUACUGCUCCCUGAUGCCCUUCUCUGCACUGUGUAAUGGUGAAUCCUUCUGCUGGCCAAGAAUAGAAUGAGUCACCCCGGAAUGGAAGAAUGAUGAAUCACCGCACGGUUAGGAUCAGUCUAAAUUGCACCUGACAUCACCAGCACCAUAAGGAUAAAAUAGCGCCCAGAGCUCCAGGCAACACCCAUUUGGGAUGUGGAAACAGAAGCGCAGUUUGGACAGUGGCAGCGAUAUAGUCAGUGAGGGAAACACUAGCUGAGUAACGCUGGCUCCUGCACACAGCACGAACACUGACAGGCCCCCUUCAUGAAUUCCAGCAAGAACGUGGAUUUGAAGAUAAUUAUCAUAGGCGCACUGGGGGUGGGGAAAACCUCCCUCCUGCACCAGUUUGUGCACAAGACAUUCCAUGAAGAUUAUCGGACUACUCUGGGAGCCAGUAUCCUAUCUAAGCACAUCAUGGUGGACAACACCCCCCUAAAACUGCAGAUCUGGGACACCGGGGGUCAGGAGCGGUUCCGGUCCAUGGUGUCAACGUUCUAUAAGGGCUCGGAUGGCUGUAUGCUGGCCUUCGACGUUACAGACCUGGAGUCCUUCGAGUCCUUGGAUGAUUGGAGAGAGGACUUCCUGGAGAAGAUAAUCCCCACAGAGCAGGGCUUCCCCAUGGUGGUUCUGGGAAAUAAAAUCGACUUAAAUGAACGGCAGGUGUCCAAGGAGACAGCUUCAUUCUGGUGCAAAGAAAAGGACAUCCCGUAUUUUGAAGUCAGUGCCAAGAACGACAUCAACGUAGUGCAGGCCUUUGAGACGCUCGCAAGGCAGGCCCUGUCGAGGUACCAAGAGAUGCUCGAGAACUAUUUAACAGACUCCAUCAAGCUCACUCCUGACGACCAGCCCAAGAAGAAAUGCUGCUGAAUGAGACAUUUGGAGACACCUGACAUCAUGUCUCUGAGUCCUCGCUUGGCACCGAAAUCGCUGAACCGACUCCAUUCACUUCCGGUUUUGUGUUCAGCCACAGAUGACCACAGUGAUCCGGUUCCACAUUGAACAGCCAAGCUGACAAAUCUCGUGACAUUUACCGAGUGCAGAGAAGAGACCGGCCUUUCUCUCUACAUCCUAGAUCGGACUAACCCAGCCAGACCGCACCUGGCUGCUCCUAUGCAUUGGGACCCUUACUGCUUCAUUAACCUUCUAACCACCCAUUUCAAAGCCUUGCACCAGCCUUCUAAACCUGGCUCUGUGCAGUCAGUGCUGAGUCCAGGUGGCCCAGCUACCUUCCCAGGGCUGUGGCUGGCUCAGUGACCUCACUCACCUGCUAUCUCUCUGCUCUAGUUACACCUGUUGACACUCAGGCAGGUCACAGUGGAUUAGUGGCUCACCCUCUGGCACUUGACCAGGCAUUCCCAACACACACCUGAAUUGACAGUGCUAGGCAAGGCAGGGCUGUGCUGUCACUGCCUUGCAGGCUGGGCCUCCCUAGAGAAUGUAAUCUCAGUCCCCGCUGUUUGAACGCAAAACAGAGACAUUUGUUCGCCAGAUACCCAGUGUUUAAACUAACACCCUCACAGUCUGCACUUGAUAUUAAACAGGCGUAAGCUACUUAUCCCCAAGGGAGGGAAGGGUGGAUGGUCUAGUGGUCAAAGCACAGGCCUGAGAGCCAGGAGCGUCUACAUUCGAAUCCCAGCACUGACACACAUUGCCCUAGGCAUAACCUUUCUGUGCCUUAGUUUCUCCCCACCUGUAAAAUGGUAGGGGGGCGUGAUAACUCUCUCUCACCCAACGAUGAGGUUGUUUGUAAAGCACUUUGACAAUGAGCUGGGCUGUGUUGUUUUAUUGGCAGGGUGUUUUUUAAAGGAAUACUUUUAAAGGGAGGCAGUGGGGCCUACUGGCUAGAGCACUAGACUGGGUCACAGGAGACCUGGGUCCUAUUUCCAGCUCGUCUGCUGGGUGACCCUUUGGUAAGUCACUUCACCUCCCCGUGCCGCAGUAGCCCCAUCUGUAAAAUGGGGAUAAUGAUGAAACGUGCUAGAUAAGAGCUAGGCAUGAUUACUAUUUUAUUAAUCACUGAAAAAGGGGAGGCAUGGAUCAGAUUUUGACACAAGCAAGGGGAUUGAGCAGAACUCGAAAAGGGAAAGUGACGGAAAGCGAAAUUUUGGGAUCUGUGCAGAUCUGUGACUGUCCUGAAGGGUCUCCCUGCUCAAGUGCCUGGAUUUCUAUCUCCACCUGGGAAUGAUGCCCAAUUUUCUGCUUUUAUUGCCCUGUGGGGUUCGGAUUAAUCUUUGGGUGUUAAAGACACAAGGGCUGGACUAAGCCCGUAAUGUGAAACUGACACAUGAAUUUAGGAUUUUCAGUGAUCCCAGGACAGGAGUAGUGGGAGGGAAAGCAGCCCAUUCCUACCUCUCGAAGGUGGUUCGUGGCACUUUUAGUUGGUGGCUGUGAGCAGCAGGAGCAGCUGCCACGUGGAACUUGGCCAACGCUUGCGGAAUUGGUGAAACCUGGGUUAACACAGCAGAGAGGCUCACCGGAAGCCAAGCCGCAGGCUGGGGCCAGAGGGCACAGCGGUGUAUCAAUGCUGUUUCCAUGCAGUUUGGCUUUGACUGUGGAAAUCUCAUCCAGCCAUGAAGCCCAGAGGAGCGGUGGACCCCUUCCUGUACACCCUGCCGUGGUCUAUGAUCUCUUCGCAUACACCCGGAUAUGGGCGGAGCCAUGGGCCAGGAUCCCGUCGCGUACAUCCUGGCAUGGGCCGCGAUCCCUUUGCAAACACCCUGACAUGGGUCGCGCUGCUGAAGGUCUUUGGCCCAGUGUGCGCAAAGCUACUUUAGAGAAAUGUUUCUGGGUUCAGAGAUGACCACAAAACCCCUGUUAAUUUAAAAUCAUUCCCAGCAAAAGUAAAAAGUUUACUCUGAAA